AUGAUGCAGCUCCGACGCCCCGAUCGCUCGGGCGCGUCGGCAGUAUCUGCCGCUCCUCACGUCCCCAUAUGGACACAACUUGAUUGUUUCGUUAAAUCUUCAUUAAAUCCAUUGCCAUCUCCCGCAGCUCGCUCAGGUCACGCCAUGACUAUCUUGCCGUCCACCAACAGCGUCCUCCUCUUUGGUGGUGCAGACGGCAAAAUAUUUUUUGAAGACGUGUUUUUACUGGAACCAUCGGGCUUGAAUAUCUUAAACAAUAUAUCAGAAGGUUCUUUAACGAGUAAAACUCCUACGGAAUCUCGGGAAAGGUCGGAGAAUGUCAUUCAAUGGAAAAAGCUCGUGAUUUCGCGUGGUACAACGCUCGACAGCCCUUCAUUACACUCACCAACGUUUUCUAAUGGUCGAAAUAGUAGUCAAAGCUCUAAUUUGAUUGGCAUAGGUAUUGAGAGACAUACUCCUACAUUCAUACACCCAGGAGGAGGAAGAGAUUACCAUUCCAUGCACUAUGUCGAAACCUCAAAAGAUGAAGAAAACACGCGAGGGUCUCGAAUUUUGGUAAUCGGUAAUGUUCUUGUUGCUACAAAUACUUCGAUGCAAGGACGAGGUUGUCAGACAGAAAGUGGUGCUUUAAAUUCUGGAAUGGCGUUUGAUACACUUCAUUUGCGCGUUGAAGAAUUGAGAGUGAAGCAGCCAAUGCUUGAAGCACAGUGGGAAACUCGACGUAUAGAUCAUCUAAGUAUGUGGAAACCUCGAGCUCGACACGCUCAUAGUAGCGUCGUUAUAGGUGGAGAUCAAGUGUUUGUGUUUGGAGGCAAAGAUGUGACGUCGACGACGUUUUUUAACGAUAUUUUUUAUUACGAUGCACCAUUAAAUCAGUGGGUAAAACCGAGUGUUCAUCCAACCGGUCAAGUACCACAACCGAGAGCGUUUGCUGGGUUGACAGCGAGUCAAGAUGGAAAGACGUUAUUUUUAUUUGGAGGCACAGAUGGAAAACAAGAGUUUGGAUCUUUGUUUCUCUACGAUGUGAAACAUUAUCGAUGGGAUUCCCUUGCUGGUGCAACUAUGGGAGACCGGCCAUCAUGUCGGAUCAAUCAUUCGCUUACGUAUGUAGCUCCUGAUCAUCUUGUGCUUUUUGGGGGGCGACGACGAGCUGUGCGACAGAAUGAUCUAUUUGUUUAUCAUAUUAACAAGAAAACGUGGCGUCAGAUUCAGAAAGAAAGACCAGAAGGUAGUGAUGUGUUGCAGGAUCCUGUUGGACGGACAGCACAUGCUACUGUUCUCUGGCAUUCGGAGCCCGCAGGGCCGAAUGCUGUUCAAAAGUUGCUCAUAUUUGGUGGAUAUGCCGGCUCGCACAAGUGGUUGGAUGAUCUACAUAUGCUCUCAUUGUCUCAGUCAGAGCUGACAUUCUUGCCGCCUAGCAAUACCUUCUCUCAGUCAGUUGCUACACAGCAUGUAUACCCAACGCGAUCGUUCUUGAGCAAAUCUGGAGCCCGUGUCGCACUGUCAGCCCCUCAACACCCAUCGAAGACACAAGAGUCCCUUACCUCAAAUUGUAGAAAAAUAGAUACGCAACCUGACGAAAUAUUAGAGGCGCCGCAGAGUUGUCACUCACUCGAACCAGAAAUUGAACCUACUGGCGUAGAUUCCGAGCUGUUUCAGUCAGUUCAGAGACCAUCUGUUAUCUCAAUGUCAACUACGAAUCCACAGAAUACGCUGAGUGAUUCUGAUACACAUCAGCGAACUUCUGCUCACGUUACCGUGCUGGCAGACAUCACAAAUAAGCCGAGUUUCAGCAGUCAGAUGCAUCAGCAGGAACUGGUUGCGACAAGCAAAGACGCUUGUCUUCCGGGUGUAUCUAAGCGGCUCAAGCGACACCGGCUUGCAGAUGUUAGCCAAGAGAGCAGCAAUAUCAGCGAUAGUAGUACGAUGACACACGUAGGCAUCCAGACCAUGGUAUUACAGCUCCUUCAGCGUCAACCGUGCGUUGAAGAAUCUCUCGCUCGUAUCGUGGCGAUGCUUACACGGGCACAGACUCAACAACAAAAGCAGUUUAUGCAUCAAGAGACUGUAAUAAGAAUGCACAGCGAAGAGCAAAGCAAACUUCUUGAAGCUGUCAAUCAACGCAACAAGGCAUUAGAAGAGAAAUUGGUUUGUGUUGAGGCCGAACGCGAUUCGCUGCGUGAAAAGCUCGUAGUACGGGAGACAGAGUUAUACAUGCACAAGCAUAACGUGGAGACAGCAACACCGUUGCUACAAAAGCGUGUACAAGCCAUCGAAGCUUCUCACGCGCAGCAAUUGACUGUGUCGCGAGUGAUAGAGGCCAAAAUCUCAGCUGUUCAUGAUUUUAUGGAAGAAUUACGUUUUGCUGGCGGAGAAGGGACUGAGAUUGAUGAUUCUCCGCGGCAACAUCAAGGAAAAAACAAUGAGCGUGAGACAACAGAACCGACAUAUUCGUCUCCAAGACCUUUAAUCUACCCACAGCGUGUAGUAUCUGCUUUAGAAGAAAAGCUACGAGUGAUGCAAUCCGAGAAGGAUGCGCUUGAAGCUAAAGUUAAGGAAAUGGCGAAGAAAGUGGAAGUCAUUGAAGCCAGAGAAGCUCAAGCCCGAAAUUUUCUUCUCUCGUGGUGUCAAGGGGUUGAUACGGUUCCUGGAGGGGCUUCUUCAAUGCCAAGUCUUAUCUCAAAAAGAAAUGACACAACAAACGCUACCACAAACGAUGUAUCGACCAGUGCUGACAAUCAUUAA